AUGGCCGACUUUCACAGAAGAUUGCAGCGUCUGCGUGAGAGAGCGGCCGGAAUAAUUACUAUUCCGCGCCUGUUUAGGGACAGAUUAAACCCGUUGGAGGUGCUAUCGCCAGAGGAGGUGUUUCGGCGCUACCGAUUUAGGCCGGAGAGUAUUAUUACGCUGGUGACACUGAUGUUUCCUUUGUUGGAGAGGGCAACUCUGCGUUCUUGUCCCCUACCCCCUCUUCUGAGUGUAUUAGUAACACUCCACUUUGUGGCCAGUAGUUCCCAUUACACCGUAAUCGGCGAUGUUCAUGGACUUUCGGCUUCAUCUGUGUGUCGCGCAGUGCGUAGGGUUAUUAUAAUUAUGGCUAGGCUUGCCAAGAGGGUCGUGUCAUUUCGGAGAGAUGUCGGUGUGUGCAAGGCGGAAUUUUAUGCACUUGCGGGAUUUCCUAAUGUCAUUGGUUUGAUAGACGGUACUCAAGUAUGUGUACGAGCCCCUCAUGAGUUUGAAGCCGAUUAUGUAAACAGGAAAGGGUAUCAUUCGAUCAAUGUACAGAUGGUUUGUGAUGCAAAGCUUCGUUUUAUGAAUGUUGUUGCCAAGUGACCAGGAAGUGUCCACGACUCCAGAAUAUUCAAAGAGUCACGCCUUGCUUCAGAAUUAGAGCAAGGCCAACAUAAUGGGUACAUACUGGGAGACAGUGGGUAUGGCUGUAAGCCAUACCUUCUCACACCAUACCUGAAUCCAAGAACAGGACCUCAAGAAAGGUA